AUGGUGUACGGAAAAGUUGUCCUCACGGCCAUCUCAAUCAUUGCAUUUCUUGGAAAUAGUUUGACAGUCCUGCUCUUCAUCAAAAAGUCAGAGUUGUUGAAGAAGACUUAUAACUGUUUAAUUCUUGCUUUGGCAGUUCAAGAUAUUCUUCAAGCCAUCUUUAUCGCGAUUUUGCCUGGAUAUAUCUUGGACGAAGACGCGUAUACUUUACCAACGGACCGAACAUUACGAUGGAUGUUUUGCAAGCUAUUCUGGUCCCAGUUCUUUAUCUUCGCUUUGGGAAUAGCCCCGUUCGUACCUGGGGCACUCAUGGUGAUAGCGUACAGUCGGAUUAUAGUCCACAUGAAGAGAUCCGAAAUCCGAAUUGAGGUGAUUAGGAACAAUCAGAGGAUGGUCAGAAAAAGUAAUGCCUUGAAAGCUCUAAAAAGAGUCACAACAACAGCCUUUUUUGCCUCUGGUAUAAUAAUCGUAUGUUGGCUGCCGGAUCAACUCUAUUACGCAUUGUCCCAAGUUAACUUGACGGAGCUCGGUACGACAAUUCAUUUCGUCUUCAAAAGCUUGGCAUUUGCCAAUUCUUGUAUUAAUCCAGCCAUCUACUGUUUCUCAAACAGAGCUUACAGGACUGGUCUGAGGGAGCUGUUUGGUUGUUUUUGCUGCAAAGUACACCCACAGGGAGGUGAAUUGUCAGGGCCAGGGGAAGCUGUACACCCCUCGUAG